GAAAAUCAUGUCUCAUUGAGGCUAUCACAUUUGCCCUCGGUGAAAACGACAUGUCGCAGUUGAGAAUCGAUGAUUUGUCGGAGUUGAUUUCUCGGCCAGGCCCUCAUGACAGUGCAACCUACGUCAGACUGACAUUUAUCUGUGAAACAGAAACAACAGUUUUCGAGAGAUCUCUGGAGGACUCAAGUGAUAGCCAACAAUACGAAUCACGUUACAAAAUUAAUGAAGAGAUCGUUCAAUUACCUGAGUAUCUCCAGAGACUUGAAGCUCUUGGGAUCAAUAUAAAAGCAAAAGAUUUCCUGGUUUAUCAAGGGAAAAUUAACGAUAUUAUCGAUGCAUCUCCCCAGGAUCGAUCGAGAAUGCUGGAAAUAGCCAGUGGAUCUAUCGUAUUUAAAGAACGUUAUGAUCAACUGACGCAGAAUAUCAACGCAGUUCACGAGAACAUCGUAACUGAAACAGCUGAGAAGAGAAAAUUGAAUACUGAAAUUCGUAAAUGCAAGAAUGCCGUUGAAAAAUCGAAGGAUUUAGAGCUAUUACGAGAGCAAUUUCAAAAAUCUAAAGCAGUUUCUUACCUCUUGAAGUUGAGAAUAAUUGAUCUCAAGAAUGAAAAACUCGGUCCAGACGUUCCUCUAGAGAACAGCUCAUCUCGAAUUGAUGAGGUAAAAAAAAAUACACAACUCAUCGAGAGAUCUGUCCAGACGAUUGAGAAAAAACAUGCAAAAAUGACGGAAGAAUCCCAAAAACUCGAGAAAUUAAAGGCAGAGAGACGCAAGAAGGAGAAUCAACAGUCAGAUUGCGAAAUGGAAAUUAAGAAAUUGGAGGAAUGGAUUGAGGAGGAAAAGAAACUUCAAGAGACUAUCGCCAACGUAAAAGAAAUGAUACGAGAGAAUGAGAAACUAUUGCAGAAAUAUUCUCAGGAGUUAAGGGGUCAGGAUGACGCACGUAUUGCAGAAUGUGAAGAAGAUUACAAACAACUGCAGAAUGAAGUCCAGCAACAGAUGGGUUCAUCUCUAGCAAUGAAUGAAUCCAAGAUUCGACAAAAGCAUAAGAUCAACGCCGAAUUGGAUCUUCUGAAUCAAAAAUUGUUAUCUCUUGAAAAAUCAAUUUUGAAUCAUCAAGCUUCCAUCAAUAAAAAUAAACAAUCCAUGGAAAACUAUCGACAGGAUCGUGAGAAAGUUCAAGACGAUGCGAUGGAUCUCCAGGAGGAACUGCAGACGAAAUUAGAACUGCUGAUACCAGAGAAGGAGCUCGAGUCAUUACAGAAUCACAAACGACAGAUUGAGGAGCGUUUGGAAUUGUGUAGAGUCAGUUCGGACAGCAAAAAGGAAAAGGGAAAGCAGACACAUAUAUUGGAGAAACUGAAGCAAAAAUUCCCUGAAGCAGUGUACGAUCGUAUCAGGAAUAUAUGCGAAAUUCCUACAGACAAGUACAGAAUUGCAAUGGCAGCUACACUGGACAAAGAUCUGAAUACAAUAAUCGUAAAGGAUGAUGCCACUGCAGCUGAGUGUAUGAAAUACCUAUAUCACGAACAACUGGGAUUAGAGACCUUUUACUCCAUGGAAAGUGUGAGUUCUCCAUCACUCGACAGAGAUAUUUUGUCCAAACUCAAUUCUCCAAGGGCUAAAUUGGUCUACGACCUCGUAAGGUGUGAUGCUCAGUAUGAACCUGUCAUCAAAGCUAUUGUAAGAUCUACAAUCCUGUGUGAGACCCUUGGAGAUGCCUGGAGGGCAAUGGACAGAAUGCAGACCUUGAAGAGAAAACACAAUAUAGUCACUUUAGCAGGAGAAUUCUUGACUACGAGUUACGCUGUUUAUGCUGGAUUCAAUCAGAGGAAGAUCCAGGGUGAAACUAUUAGAACUGUCGAUGAGGGUCAGUUGGAAGAGGAGAAGCAGCAAAUUGUCGAGAAGUUAAGACGUGCUAGGGAUGGCAGACUCAAGUUUGAUGUGCAAAGACUUGAGACCGAAUAUCAGUUUAAAUUACGCUGCUUGGAUAAUUUGAAAGCAUUCCUUAAUAAAACUGAGACGAAGACUGCAGCUCUUCAGGCUGUAUUGCAAGAUUUGCAAGAGCAACAGCGGGUGACGGAAGAGAAAAAACUUGAGGUGGAGAAAAGGAAAGAAGAAUUCAUCGUUGAAGGAGAACUCUUCCACCAAAAGACUGAUAAACUGAGGAAAUCUGUCUUUAAGAAUUUUUGUGCAAGACUUGGGAUAAAACAGAUUGAAGAAUUCGAAGCGAUGUUGGUCUCGAGGAAUGAACGAAUUACACAGAAGAAAAACAUAGAAAAUCGCAUUUCAGAGUUGAGAACGUUAGAGAAGUACGAUGAAUCGAGAUCUAAAGCAAAAGAAAGUUCCAAGUGGGAAAACAAACUCAAAGACCUCCAGAAAAAAUUGAAUGACAUACAGUUAGAUUUGAGCAUAUUCGACGAAGAAAUUAAACAGUGUAAUUUGUCAUUGA